CCCUCCCACCAUCACUUCCCGUGCCUGGGAAACUACACUCCCCAUGGUGCUUUGCAAGGGCCGGUCCUUAUCGGCUGCUUCCUGCCCCUCAAGCGGCGGCGGGGAGCGGGGGGGUCGCUGCAUGGAGUCGGGACCCCCGAGCACGGAGCCGGCUGCCGCUGCCACCCGCCCGGCCGGGGACGGGGCCCCCAGGGCCGAUGGGUGCCUGGACUCUCGUGCAUGGGCUGAGGAGCAGGACGCUCCCAUGACGGUGUCAGUGUGUGGCCGGCGUUCUCUGGCGGCCCUUGUACUCAACACCCCCUUGCUUGUUCCUCAGGUCAUGGGCCCAGAUGUCAGCCCGAGGAGGACAACAGAGCUGCUGAGAUGGCUCCACCAAUCCGGGAAGUUCCCGGAAAUGCCCAAGAGAGAGGCCUGGCCUCCGUGUCAUUGACCGGCCCCAAGACGGAGGAGGAGGAAGUCCUCAAGAUGGCGUGUCUCAGAGGGGAUGUUGUUGUGGAGACCACCAGGGGGCAGGCAGUAUGGAUGACCGUGGCCAACAUGUUGACUCCCAAUAUGGACAUUCCUGGAAAGGGCCAAUGGGGACGUUCAGCCUCCGUCUCACCGACUGUCCCUAAGGUCGAAGAGGAGGAGGAGACUGCCAAGAUGGAGCCUCUCAACGGGGAUGUUGCUGUGAAGGCACAAGGGGGAUGUUCACCAUGGAUGACUAUGGCCAAGAUGAUGCCUCCAAACAUGGAUGUUCCUGGUGUGGGCCAGCCGGAACGUGUAGCCUCAGAUUCAUUGCCUGUCCCUAAGACAGAGGAGGAGGCCGAAGACACCAGGAUGCUGCCACCCGAAGGGUCUGUUUACACAAAGGCCCAAGAGGGACAUGCAACAUGGAUGACCAUGGCCAAGAUGGAGCCUCUCAACGGGGAUGUUGACGUGAAAGCCCGAGGGGAACCCUUGACCCUGAUGCCUUUCCCUAUCUCCAAGGCCGAGGAGGAUGAAGCCACCAAGCCGGUAACUCCCCCUGCUCCUGCUUGCCGGGAGCGCCCGUACCGCUGCGGCGAAUGCGGCAAAGCCUUCUCCCGCAGCUCGUCCUGCGUCAAGCACCAACGCACCCACACGGGCGAGCGCCCCUAUGGGUGCCCGGAUUGUGGCAAGUCCUUCGGCCAGAGCUCCACCCUCAACCGGCACCGCCAGGCCCACCUGGCCGACAGGCCGCACCGCUGCACUGACUGCGGCAAGGCCUACGGGACCGCCUCGGCCCUGGCCCAGCACGGCAAGAGUCACCUGGCCGAGAAGCCCCACCGGUGCCCGCAGUGCGGCAAAGGGUUCAGUGAGCGGUCGAACCUGGCGAAGCACCAGCUGACCCACACAGGCGAGCGGCCCCACCGGUGCGCCCAGUGCGGCCGCGGCUUCAGCCAGAAGGCCAAUCUCCGGCGUCACCAAGAGACUCACCGCGGCGCUGAGCUGCACCGGUGCGCCGACUGCGGGCGGGCCUUUCGCCACGCCCGGCGGCUGGCUCAGCACCGCCGGGCCUGCCACGCACCCGGCGAGCCCCACUCCUGUGCCGACUGUGGCCAAACCUUCGCCGCCCGCUCCCAGCUGGCCCGGCACCGGCGUGGGCACACGGACGAGCGCCCCUACCGCUGCGGCGUUUGCGGCAAGGCCUACGGCGUCAGCUCCCACCUGCUGGUGCACCUGCGCGGGCACACAGAGGAGCGGCCGUACCGCUGUGCCGAGUGUGGGGCCGGCUUCGCCGAGGCCGCCAAGCUGGCCCAGCACCGGCGCAGCCACACCGAGGAGAGGCCCCACCAGUGCGCUCAGUGUGGGCGGCGCUUCGGCCUGCGCUCCAACCUGACGCGGCACCAGCGGGCCCAUUCCGGCGAGAAGCCGCACCGCUGCAGCCAGUGCGGCAGGGCCUUCAGCCGCGGCUCCAACCUGGCCCAGCACCAGCGGACUCACCGUGGCGAGAAGCCGUACCGGUGCGGCCAGUGCGGCAAGGCCUUUGCCGUCAGCACCCACCUCCUCAUCCACCAGCGCUCCCACACCGGGGAGAGGCCCUUCCCCUGCCCUCACUGCGGCAAAGGCUUCACCGUCAGCUCCAACCUCCGGCAGCACCUGCGGAUCCACACCGGGGAGCGCCCGUACCCCUGUGCCGAGUGCGGGAAGAGCUUCCGGGCUCGGACUCACCUCCGGGCCCACCAGAAACUCCACGCAUGAGCGGGUGGGGCGGGGCCGCAGGGGAGACGGCGGGUCUGUGGCUGGCCACGGCUAUAGAGGGGGACAGCAGGAAGCGGUGGAGCUAGUUAUGGGGUUAGUUGUAGCUUAGGGAGCAUGGCUCUGUAGGGCCAUGGGGAAGUAUUGGGCGAGGGGUUAUGGGUUUUCAGAGCCAUGGGGGACCAUGGAGGUUUCUUGGAUCUUUAGGCUGAGAAGGGACGAUGAUGGGGGGUAGGUGGUAGCUUUGGUGGGGUUCAUAGAUGGAGUCUAACCUUGACGCACCUGAGUAUGAGCCACAGAGGCUCUCGGCACCGAUGGCAGAUGACACGGCCAGAAGGGACCAUCGUGAUCUGACUUACGGAGCAGAGAACCUCGCCCUGUGAUUCCCACAUCCAGUCCAUGGCGGGUGGUCGAGCUCGAGCGAGACGCCGGGUUGUCGUUUAAGGACUCCGAGCGGCAGAGACUCCACCAGCACCCGUGGCAAUCGGCUCCAUCGGUUAAUUAGGAGGCUGGGUUAAAAAUAUGGGUGGUGGUUCUAGUUUGAGGCAGGGGGAGGACUUCUGGGUUCUCUCCCCGGCUCUGAGAGGGGAGUGGGGACUAGUGGGUUAGAACAGAGGGGGCUGGGAGCCAGAACUCCUGGGUUCUCUCCCCAGCUCUGGCAGGGGAGUGGGGGCU